AAAAAAAAGGCUUUUGGACGGCUUCAAAAUGGGAACAUCGACUGUCAUGGCCAAAGAACUCACAAAUGAUGAACUGAUCGUAUCUUUUUUGGGACUACCAGCAUACAUAACCGACGAGGAAAUACACAAGAAACUUCAAACCUGGGGAGUAAGAGCAGUUUCUGACAUCAAGCGUCGGGUGUGGCCGGGAACCAAGAUUGCGGACGGAACAAGGUUUGUGAAAGUUAAAUUUAAUGAAACUGUGCAGUCUCUGCCUUAUUCUGUAAAAUUUAACACUGCGUUAGGUCCAGAAUAUUUCAGAGUCAUUCAUGACAGACAAGUUAAAGUGUGUAGAGUAUGCUUACAACCAAAUCAUAUUUUAAGAGACUGUCCUGAGUUUUUCUGUCACUCCUGCGGAGUCCAGGGGCAUUAUGCGAGAGAAUGUUCUAGCAGGAAGAAAGAAAAGAAAUGCAUAUUGUGUAACAAUAAAAUGGAUAAUUGCAUUUGUAAAAAAAGUGAGGUUGAAGAUCAAGAUCAGGGUCCUGUUUCGUUUUCGGAAGAAACAGGAAAUGAAAGUGCUGAGGUGAGUGAAAUAGAGGAUGGAGAGGAAGAAAGGGAAAGUGAGCAGGAGGAGAUGUGCGAGGAUGAAGGAUGUGAAAAUGGUCUGGAUUUGGAACGGGCUGCUGCGGGUGUGCGCCCAGACUCGGAGGUGUCUGGGGUGCAUGGUGCGGUUGUUCCGUCUCGGGUCGGCUGCUUGACGAAUGCAGCCAUUUUAAAUCUGGUUGAGGAAGAGCGGGAAGAAGUUUCUGCUCUUCCUCCCGAUGCAGAGACAGAUAUGUCACAAUCCCCAAUCCUGUCGCAGGAUCAACUGCCACCCUUUCAAACCCAUCAUGAAGCUCUACCACAGAGACUUAAAAUGGCUUCGGAAAUGGAUUCGGACCCUGAUCUUGAUCUUGCCAAAAUUUUACAUUCAAGGAAGCGACUUAGUACUUUGACAACGAAGAAACCCAAAAGGAAAAAUAAAACACAAUGAUCAAAGUAAUCUGCUCUUUCAUAACAAUACUUAUGAUACUUCUCUCGCUUAAUGCCCGUGGGCUCCGCAGAGAACAUAAAGCAGAUGCUAUUAUUUUUCAAACAUCUUUUGAUAUUCUUUGUUUGCAAGAAACCAAAUGGGAUAUUUUGAAAGAAGAAGAAAUGUCAAAUAAAUGGAAGGGGAAAAUGUUCUCAUCUGUAUCUGGUACAAAUGCAGGUGGGGUGGCUACAUUUUUCAGAGAGGGUUUGUUGUGUAAUUGUCAUUUGAUCUAUAAAGAUAAUGAGGGGAGAUUGUUAAUUGUAGAUUUCUUUUAUAAAAAUAAAUUAUGCAGGUUGAUCAACAUUCAUGCACCAAAUAUAGACACACAAAGGAAAAGAUUCUUUCAAGAUUUAAGAAAAUGGUUCACAAAAAAUUGUAUUAUAAUAGGAGAUUUCAACAUAACACUCACAAAAUCGGAUAUUUCAAAUAAUUGUACGUUUUCUGCAGAUUCUAGCAGAAGCACACUGUUUGACAUCAUCACACAUAAUAGUUUAAUAGAUAUUUGGAGACUUUUUAAUCCAGGAAAGAAACAAUUCACAAGAAAACAAAUAAUUUUAGGAAAGUUAAAACAAUCAAGACUUGACUUGUGCCUGAUCUCGUCUUCUCUUGUCCCCGAGGUGUCGUCCUGUCUCAUCCGAGACAACGCCUGGAGCGACCACUCCUUCCUGCAGGUUGAGAUGGGACGAGGCAUCAGAAAUGGGGGUCUCUGGUGUCUGAGUGCUGCUCUUCUUCAGGAUGAAGCUUACAGAGGUGAAAUCGGCGUCCUGCUGCAGACCCUGAGUGGGGAAAUGGAUCACACUGACAACCUGUUAAAAUGGUGGGAUCAGGCAAAAUCAAGAAUCAAAAAUUGUUCAAUAAAAUAUAGUAAACAAAAAAAAAGAAGAGAGAUGCAUGAUGAAAA